UAAGUUCCGAUGAAGUGUAUUCGCUGCGUUUAACUGUAUAUUAUGUAAAAUACGAAUUUUCUAGCAGUUGAAACCGCGAUAUCUCACGAAUGGCGAGUCGUGAGAAAAAAAGUGCCUGAACAAUUUUUGUAGAGAAUUGAAUGGUCUACAACUUUUGUUACGCCUGUUUUCGCGAUAAAACUUACCGUUGUCGAGGAAAAUGGGCAAAAACCUCAAUUUUAUACGUUUGACCUUGAAUGCAAUUUUUUGCGCAAGUCGAAUGGAAGUGGAUUUUUGAAGUUGACAAUUUAUGAUCGUUUUUUCCAGAAAUGAACCCUCGGUAUGCCUUCCAGCUCAGCCGAGAGCCUCCUCGGAACAAACGACACCUCAGUAGUCGAACCCGCCCACGUCACAGAUCUCCAAAAGAUCGGGCUGGUGCUCCUGCUCAGCGUGGUGAUAGUCGUCGUAGUGGUGGGCAACACGUUGGUGAUUUUGGCCGUCAUCACGACGAAACGCUUAAGAACGGUGACGAAUUGUUUCGUCAUGUCUUUAGCGGUCGCCGAUUGGCUCGUAGGCAUCUUCGUCAUGCCUCCGGCAGUGGCGUACAAUUUUAAGGGUGCCUGGGAGCUCGGCUGGAUUCUCUGCGACCUGUGGAUAUCCCUGGAUAUACUGCUGUGCACCGCGUCCAUUUUGAGUCUGUGCGCGAUAAGCAUAGACAGAUAUUUAGCCGUCACCCAGCCGUUGACGUACUCCAGGAAAAGGAGGUCGAAACGUCUCGCCUUCAUCAUGAUCCUGAUCGUCUGGUCGAGCUCCGCCCUCAUCACGUGUCCACCCAUGUUUGGCUGGUACGAACCCGGCAGACACGAGGGUAACACCUGCAGGUACAACAAAAAUACGGGCUACGUCAUUUUUUCGGCCAUGGGAUCGUUCUUCAUACCCAUGGUCGUGAUGCUCUACGUGUACCUGAGGAUAUCUUGCGUCAUCGCCCAGAGGCACGACCAGCUGUCCCACAUGGAUACCAUAAACCCCGUCAAACGCAAGAGAGGAGUGUUGACUACAGAAGAGUCGGACAUCGAUCGUGCUUCCUCUGAAAACGAAGAGACGCAUUUAAAAUAUGCCAGCAACGAUUCUCCGAACAUCCUGCAGGGCCACAAGAAUUCGACAGCGAAUCCGACGAAAAAAUCGAUCGCCUUGACCAGAUCACUCAAGUCCGAUCAUUUUCACCAGAACGUCGAACCGCAUAACAAGGGCUCGAUUCUGUACAGUUCAAGGUUAGAACCCCCUUCGUUGUUCAGGUCUCCGGUGUCGUCCAGGGGGCGCCUGGAGCCCCACCUCCACCUAGACGCGUCGGUGCUGAACUUCGAACCUGCGUCACGGGUGUCGUCUUUCAGGAGGGAGAGCAAAACUGCCCAGACCCUCAGCGUCGUGAUGGGGGGCUUCAUCAUGUGCUGGCUUCCGUUCUUCGUGUUUUACCUGCUCACUCCGUUCAUCACGCAGAACAGCGUCAACCUGAUCGUCAUGCAGUAUUUCACGUGGCUGGGUUGGAUCAACUCCGCCAUUAACCCGUUCAUCUACGCUUUCUACAGUCCCGAUUUCAGGAUAGCUUUCUGGCGACUAACGCUCAGACAUUUCGCCAAAGACACGCGCAGGGCUCACUUCAGCACGUCACAGAACAAGUGAAGUGAACAGGCUCGAGUUUGUGGACUGCUUGUAGCGUUAAUAGUUGCCCGAUUGUGAGUUUUUUUUUCCACUCUUCUUACUUUAUCUAGUCAAUAGUUGCCUACGUUAUGCAACCCCAACCACUUAGGGCGACCUCGAAUUUAGUAUCGGCGAUAAGUAUUAAGUAAACAAAUGUUUUUGGUGAUCUGUGACUGCGUGAGAAGCUUCUAGUAUGGUGCGUAUCAAAGUAUAUUCAAUUCAAUGAUGCGUUUCACAGAUAGCUGUUGGGCACGACUACCAGGAUCAUUCGCCCAAAUCAAAGUAUAUAAUAAUAUAUUUUCAUUUCUGUAUACCCAUAUUUUCUAUGGUACGAAGGUCGUAAUAACUUUUUGUGGGUGGGUCCAUCGUUAUUAUUAUGUGAAAGCAUAAUUCUACUUGCAGUCAGGCCUUUGAAGUUAUAAGAAGACUAUUAUACAAUUUAGCUAUAUUAAACGAAAAGCCACGCUCAAAUAAUGUUGUUUUAUGUAGAGGAGGAGUUAUGGCAUCUCUAAAUCUAAUAUUUAAAUUAUGAACAUGAGAUCUGAACACAAUCCUUCUGUACAGAUAUUGAGGACUUUUGUAGUAUAGAAAUUUGUGAUAAAAACAGGUUUCAUGUAGUUUUCUUCUGCUCUCCAUGUUAAACCAUUUAGUCUCUACUAGUUUAUGUGAUAUUCUCUCUCGGCGUGUAAUACCGUAUAUUAGUCGCAAACAUGAAUUCUGCACUUUCUGUAGUCUUUGUUUUUGCAAAUCUGUUAAACCAUGAUUGAACACAGAAAGCAUAAGAGACUCGCACAAUGUAAUUUUUAUUUUUCUUAAGAGAUAGUGACUACUACUACACGGCACGUAUACUUUCCCGUUUACUUUACUUUAAAAAAAGAUAGAAUAUUUUUAAAAUGGGAUUUAAAUACCCCAAAAGAAACAACAAAUUGCGCACUUGAAGAUUUAAAAGAUAUGAAUCCAAAAACAGAUGCAUAAUUUACCUAGACGGAACUUGGUUUGUAUCGAAAGAAUGAUGAACCAUUACAGUUAUAGUAAAACGCAACUGCUUACUAUUGUCUAUGAAUAAUAUUUGGAACUAUAGCCCGGACUGUUUCAAAGCUUUGCAAAAGUAUUCCGGAUGACGGUGUCAUUGUAAUAAAAAAUCAAAACGUAAGGUAAUAUUUAAUCUUUAUAUUUGAAAACGCCUUAAAAAUCCGUUGCUCAUGAUCUGUCCUACAAUACCAACUGGUCAGGUGCUUCAUUGCCGUCAAAAUUAAAGACGACAUACUUUGAAACACACCAUACCUUGUUUCGUUUUGUUUUGAAAGGAUCUCAACUUAUUUAGUUGUUUAUGACAGCGGCAUAAAGCGAUUUAUCUAAAUACUUCGGUGAUAUCAUAAAACGGUAAAUACAAAUAAUGUUAUUUAUUAUUUACAUAAUUUCUAUGUUUUUCGAUCUUUUGUUUUCAAUUUAUUUACUGUAUCUCGAAAACAAAGCAUUUUCAGUCACGAUCAAAAUCUUGUCAGAUCGCUACUUGGUAACCCCUUUGCCCUAUGCCCAGCACGUAAGGCACACGCAAGACUGCUGAUAUUAUUUAUUGUAUAUUCGUUCUGUAUUUUAGAACCACGUCGAGUAUCGUAGAUCUGUUGUCAAUUAUUGAUAAGCGAACUUUGUAAAUACAAGACAUUUCAGACGUUAGAGCCGUAGUUUUACCAACAAAAUAUUUGUGAUAUUAUGUAUCGUUUGUUUUUUAUAAUUUAUACGUCGUAAAAUAAAAACGGAAUUUGUUUUCGUGUCAAUCUCGGCAAUUAGAAAUAAAUGAUU